GGUGCUUAUAGCGGCUACAGUAUGUACGAAGUCAGGAAAAGCAUUGGUGUCACGUCAAUUCGUGGAGAUGACGAAGGCACGUAUCGAAGGAUUGCUGGCUGCCUUCCCCAAGCUCAUGACUGGAGGUAGACAGCACACUUUCGUGGAAACUGAGUCUGUCAGGUAUGUGUACCAACCACUGGACAAGCUGUACAUGCUGCUCAUCACCACUAAAGCCAGUAAUAUCCUCGAGGAUUUGGAGACUUUGCGCUUGUUCAGUAGAGUGGUUCCAGAAUACUGCACUCAGCUGACAGAGGCUGAGGUACUGAACCAGGCGUUCAACCUGCUGUUUGCAUUCGACGAGAUUGUGGCCCUCGGCUACAGGGAGAGUGUCAACUUGGCACAGGUGCGGUCGUUUGUGGAGAUGGACUCCCAUGAAGAGAAGAUUUACCAAGCUGUGCGUCAGACCCAAGAGCGCGAGGCCGCCAACCGUAUGCGUGAGCGUGCCAAAGAGUUGCAGCGAGAGAGGUUGGAGGCAGCCAAAAGGGGCGUGCCCACACGCAGUCAGAUGUCCUUCGGAAGCAGUUACAGCAGCUCCAACAUGUCGUCGUCUGCGUCCGCUGAGCCUAUAGCUGAGAAGAUUCCUACUACGCCUGCGCGCGAAACUAGCCGGCCGGCGGGUCGGUCGGCCAUGAAGCUGGGGUCGCGCGGCACGGACACGGAGUCGUUCGUGUCGCGCCUGCGCAGUGAGGGCGACGCCGUGUCCGCGGCCGCCGCGCCCUCCGCCAAGACGGACGUCGCUAAACCACCGCCGCCUGAUCAUAAAGAUGUUCACUUACGGUUUGAGGAGCGUCUCACCCUGGUGGCUGGCAGAGACGGUGACGUACAGAACUUUGAACUUAGCGGUCUGCUGACGCUGCGCAUCAGCAACGAGCAGUACGCGCGCAUACACGUCCACGUCGACAACCAGGACCCGAGGCCGCUGCAGCUACAGACGCACCCUAACGUGGACAAGGAGGCAUUCCGCGCCAACGGAGUGAUCGGACUGAAGCAGUCGCAGCGCGCCUUCCCGCUGCACAGCGACGUCGGCGUCCUCAAGUGGAGGCUCAAUGCUAACGACGACAAGCUCGCACCGCUCUCCGUGAACUGCUGGCCGUCAGAGGGCGCUGGCGGCGGCUGUGACGUCAACAUCGAGUACGAACUGGAACACGACCAUCUCACACUCAGCGACGUCAAUAUACAUAUCCCACUACCUUCUGGCAACACAUCAGUGAUAGUCCACCAGUGGGAAGGUAGCUACGCGCAGAAGGGACGCACUCUUACCUGGAGCAUACCCAUCAUCAACAAACAACAGAAAUCGGGCAGCCUCGAGUUCACGGUGACGCCAGCGAUACCAAAUGACUUCUUCCCUCUGACGGUGACCUGGACAUCGGACACGUCCCUCGCUCUCCUGAAGGCCACGAAGGUGACAUUCGCUGAGGACAGUACACCCGUCGACUACUCCCAAGAAAUCAGCUUCCAUCCCGACAAGUAUGAGAUCGUUUAA